AUGGAGACUCCAGCCCAUGCGCCGCGUAAGGAUGCGGUGUUGCACACGCUUUCAAAGGCCUGGGACAGCGGCACUGAGUCAGCGAGCGGAAUCAUGCAGGGAGCAAAGCACCACCUGCUCGAGGAGCCCAUGCGCGAUGCCAUCAGGCAGGCCAUGGCGCCGCACAUGACCUACGCCGAGCAGGUGGAGGAGGUGCGGAAGAGCAACCGCAAGCAGGUCAAGGCUAUCGCGCGGGAGGUGUCGAUGCAGUUCAACAAGGAGGGCUACCAUCUCAAGCCGCUGGAGGAGGUGUGCGACGAGUUUGGCUGCGAGUCGACAAAGACCGGCCUCACGUCCAGCCAAGUGACGCGCAACCUCAAAAAAUUUGGAGCCAACGAGCUGGGCACCGACAAGCCGACGCCCUUUUGGGUCAUCUACUGCCGCCAGCUCUACCAACCGCUGAUUCUGAUCCUCUUUACCCUGUUCAUCCUCACCGUGCUAAACAUUCAGCGCGAUAUUGCAUCCCAUGGCCACCCGAAGAUCAAGAACUGUGUUAAGAUCACCGUUGUGACGACCGUGAUCCUCGUCGUCACCAUCCUCAAUGCGCGUGGGCAGUACAAUACCGCCAAUGCGCUCGCCGAGCUGCUCAAGGAGGGAGCUCAGAUGACGACGGUGCGCCGCGACGGCAAGGAGUGUCAGAUCGAGGUGCCCGACAUCGUCCCUGGCGACGUCAUUAUUAUGCGUUCGGGCGAUACCGUCCCGGCUGACGCGCGGGUGGUCAUGUCGGAGGACUUGCAGACCGUCGAGAAGACCCUGACGGGCGAGCCGCACGAGAAGACGAAGAAGCUCGAAGCAGCGGACGACCCGACCGCCUCCUUCCACGACAACCUCGUCUACUCCUCCACCGCUGUCGUCGGCGGCAAAGGAGAGGCCGUCGUCAUCCGCACGGGCCUCGAGACCGAGAUCGGCAAGAUCGCGGCGCGGCUCAAGGGCCAAGAUUCUGGUAGGUCGCAGCUGCAGAAGCUCAUGGACACGAUCGGCGGCGUCAUCAUUUGUAUCUCGGUCAUCCUCAUCAUCAUGAUGACCUGGUACGAGGUGACCGUCAACUACUGCACCAAGGACAAGUACCCGGGCGGCCUCUCCACCUGCCCGAUGGACGAGAUGAUCGACGCGCUGUUCUCGGCGCUCUCCAUCGGGACCAUCAUGCUACCGACGACGCUGCUUCUCAUGGUGACCACGUCGCUCACCCGCGGCGCCCUGAUCCUGGCAAAGAUCAACGCUCGCGUGACGAAGGUCACCGCCGUCGAGACCCUCGGCUCCUGCACCGUCAUCUGCUCCGACAAGACUGGCACCCUCACGGAGGGCGAGAUGACGGCAACCGAGAUGGCCACCGUCAUCAACGUCAAGGGCAAGUGCCAAGUCAACUGCUGGGACUUCAGGCCGACCCGCGGCUUCGACCCGCGCGGAGGUGUCUUUGUGCUGGCGGAAGGAGCAUCGACCGUCGGCGGGGCGGCAUCGCGCAAGACGGCGGCCAGCCUGCGCGUGUCGGCGGCUGCGUCUCGCAUGAGCACCGGGCCUGCUGGCGGAGGCAACGGCUGCGAGAAGGCAGCCGACGUGCACUGCGCGCUCCUCUCCGCUUACCUCAACUGCGACGGCGCCGCUUUCGAGCUGGACGACGAGGGUGACGUGGGCAAGGACGUGCCCCAAAAGUGGAAGGGGGUUGGAAAUAUGACCGAGAAGGCGCUCGUUGUCGCGGCAGCCAAGGGGCAGAUCUACGAUCCGAACAAGAAGGGGCUGCCCGAGGCCAAGUUCCCGGCCAUGCGCGACAAGUACCCCUCUGUCCACCACCUCGGCGUCCCUUUUACCAGCUCUCGCAAGAUGAUGGGCACUGUCCACGAGCUCAGUGGCAAGGGCGAGGGCUUCUAUGCCAGCGGGAUGGUGAUCGUCCCUGGUGCCACGCACAUGGCCAUCCUCAAGGGCGCACCGGACCGGCUGAUGCCGUACGUGCACGCAGUGCCGACUUGCCCGGAGAAGAAUGAGAUGGGCGACGCACGCACGCUCAAAAUUACGAGCGGCGCGAAGAACGAGACGCCCGACGCCCAGUCCCUUUUCAAGCAGGCCAACAAGGACUUUGCCGACAAGGCGCUUCGCGUCAUCCUCGUCGCGAUGCGCCCGCUGACCGCCGCCGAGGCGGAGGCGCUCGGCAAGAUGGAGGACGGCGACGAGCGGCUCACCUACCUGCUCGAGGGCAACACGACCUACCCGCUCACCUUCACCGCAAUGAUGGGCCUCAAGGACCCGCCGCGCGACGGCGUCAAGGAGUCCGUCGAGCUCGUGCAGAAGGCGGGCGUGUCGGUGGUGAUGAUUACCGGCGACCAGAAGGCGACUGCGAUGGCCAUCUCGCGCAACAUCUCGAUCAUCAGCGGCGACGCAUCCGACUCGCAGGCCCUCGCCAAGACCAGGGAGUGCGCGGACCUGCACCGCGACCCGAAGCAGCCCACCGAAUCGCCCGUCCUCGGCACGCCCGAAAAGGGCAAGCCGAUCACUAGCAUCGAGCUCGCCGAGCUGGCACGCAUGAGCGAGAUGGUGGGCCAGACUGUCACGUGGGCGCGUGCCCAGCCGACCGACAAGGAGGGCCGUAAGAUCUUUGGUAACUUGCAAAAGUACCUGCUCUUCUACCUCGGCGUGAAGGCGGCAGAGGGAUUCAUGUUUUCCACGUGCACCUUCUGCGGGCUGCCAAAGCCCAUCAACAACCUGCCAGCGCUCUUUGCCAAGAACUUCACGCACGACAUCCCGUCCCUAUCGAUCGCGUGGGAAGAGGGCGAGUCUUAUCAGAUGAAGAUUCCGCCGCGCAAGAAGGCGGUAGGCUUCGUCAUCUCAGACUUGGCCUUCUACUUGCGCUUCCUUCCCUUCCUGGCCUACUACCAGCUGCUCGUGCCGGGAGCCUUCUGGUUCGUCUAUCACAGCCACAUGGGAACCCUGUCCAGCGGGACGCACCUCGAGGAAUCGGACUCGUUUAAGACCGUCUUUGCGGGUGGCGACAUCCCCUGCUUGCGCGCGCGCGGAGAGGAUGGCCUGCCGGAGGAGCGGGCUUUCUACUGCAAGUGCCCGAAGGCCUUCGCCUUCGGCGAGGAUGGCUUUGGCUUCUCCAUCCCGGGCGUCGAACAGUGGGGGUCGGCAGCCGACAUCUCGGAGUUUGGGUACGUGCCCGAGGACAACGCCGCCUACGACUUGGCGGACGUCGGCCACUACGACUUUGAGUACCGCGGCACGACGGGCAACCUCUACCCCAAGGAGGACAACUUCGAGGGCAAGAGCUGGUCUUACGAGGGCGACCCUGCAAGCGGUGUGACCUUCACGUACGGCGGCGUGGAGGUGCUGAAGCCGUGCACAGAGCAGGACGAGGGGCAGCUCGAGUAUUGCUGGACGGGCGAGGACAAGCCGACGAUGUCCCCAUACUUCUCUUGCGAGGGAUUCGGCGUGAAGCGCUCCAACGCGGCGGGCUUCAUGCUCUUUGUCUUUGUCGAGCUCUUCCGGCUUCUGGGCGUUCGCGGUGAGGCGCCAUUCUGGGUUGAGCCGCGCGAUGGUCCCGACGGCCCCGGACAGCGCAACGGCGUCUUCUACAUGCUGUGGGUCCCGUGCAUGAGCAUCACCGUUUUCCUCAUCUUUGUGCCAGGCUUCAACGUCAUCUGCGACAUGAUCGCUCUCCCAGGCACGAUCUUCUUCGGCAUCAUUCUGUGGGCAUGCUUUGCUCUCAGCAUCGAGGAGACCUUCAAGUGCAUCCUGCGCGGCAUCCGCGAUCGCCAGCAGGCCAUUGACAUCCCGCACGCGCUGUUGGCUGGCAAGGGGCUGGUACCCCCAUGGGCCACUCGCUCCGAGGUGAAGGCCUUCAUGGAUAAGAACUCCGGCAAGGGCAUGUGGUGA